AUGGAGAGCCACAGCAGCAGUACCAGCAAAAGGCCAGGGACCCGGGCUGGCCUGGGCCCCUUGCCUAUGCCCCAUGGAGUACCCUCUAAGGUGGACUCAAGUUUUCAGCUCCCAGCCAAGGAGAAUGCAGCCCCAGUACCCUUGGAAUCAAGGAUGGCUCCGGUACCUAUGGGGCCACGAGCCACUAUGCCACCUUCCUCAGAGGGGACAAGGCUGGCUCUGGAGUCUCCUCAAUCUAUCCUGGCUUCACUAUCUACCCCUGGAGGGCAGAAAACAGCUCCCGCCUGCUGCAGCUCCAGCCUGGCUCCAACGUCUGUGGGCCAGUUGGUGAUGUCUGCCUCUGCUGGGCCGAAGCUUCCUCCAACAACUUCAGGUUCAGUCCUGGCUCUGACAUCCCUGGGGCAGCUGGUGAUGCCAGCCUCAGCCAGGCCGAGACUGCCCCCAGCGACCCUGGGGCCCAGGCCAGCUCCAACAUCCAGGGACCAGAAGCAGGUGCCACCUGCCUCCGUGGGACCCAAGCCAGCACUGGGCACUUCAGGCCUGAACCUGGCCCUGGUGUCUGAGGAGAAGCCUCCACAGCCUCCCUCCAACUCUUCUCCAGUGCCCAGUCCAGUUCUGUCGCCCUCUCAGGAACAGAUCCUGGCUCCAGCAUCCAUGGCAUCAGCCCUGGCCUCUGUGGGACGAACACCAGCUAAAGAGAGGGAUGCCCCAGCCCCUAGACCUCUCCCCUCUUCUGACGGGUAUCUCCAGCCUCUGGUUCAGGCACCCAGUCCUGCAGGCACCCCAUCCUUGAUCCAAGCUCCCCCAGACCCCCGGAUCUCUCCCUCCUUCAGAGCCCGGCCUGAGGCCCCCAGAAGCAGCCCUGAGGAUCUUGUCCUGCCUCGGCCACCCCAGACCCUGCCCUUGGAUGUGGGCCAGGGCCCUCCGGAGCCUGGCACUCGUUCCCCAGGACUUCUGUCCCCCACCUUUAGGCCAGGGGUCCCCUCAGCCCAGGCCGUGCCCCCACCUCUGCCCAAGCCACCCCGGUCUCCCAGCCGCUCCCCCAGUCGCUCUCCCAACCACUCCCCUUGUGUCCCCCCAGCCCCUGAGAUAGCCCUCCCCAGGCCUGGCACCCAGGGUGCAGAGUCUGGUGGGCGCCUAAGCCCCAGCCUUCGGCCCCAAGAAAUCCCAGCCCCAGUCACCACCUCCCUUUCUACAUCCACCUCGUCAUCAUCAUCUUCUUGGUCAGCUCAGCCUACCUGCAAGAGCGACCCCGGCUUCUGGAUCACUGUGGUCACGUGGAACGUGGGCACCGCCAUGCCCCCUGAUGACGUCAUGUCCCUCCUCCACCUGGGCAGUGGCGGCGAUGACAGUGACAGGGCAGACAUGAUCGCCAUAGGGCUGCAGGAAGUAAACUCCAUGAUCAACAAGAGGCUCAAGGACGCGCUCUUCACAGACCAAUGGAGCGAGCUCUUCAUGGAUGCGCUGGCGCCCUUCAACUUCGUGCUGGUGAGUACUGUGCGGAUGCAGGGCGUCAUCCUGCUGCUGUUCGCCAAGUACUACCACCUGCCCUUCCUGAGGGACGUGCAAACCGACUGCACGCGCACUGGCCUGGGUGGCUAUUGGGGCAACAAGGGAGGAGUGAGCGUGCGGCUGGCGGCCUUCGGGCACAUGCUCUGCUUUCUGAACUGCCACCUGCCAGCGCACAUGGACAAGGCAGAGCAGCGCAAGGACAACUUCCAGACCAUCCUCAGCCUCCAGCAGUUCCAGGGACCCGGGGCACAAGGCAUCCUGGAUCAUGACCUCGUGUUCUGGUUCGGGGACCUAAACUUCCGCAUUGAGAGCUACGACCUGCACUUCGUCAAGUUUGCCAUUGACAACGACCAGCUCCAUCGGCUCUGGGAGAAGGACCAGCUCAACAUGGCCAAGAACACCUGGCCCAUCCUGAAGGGCUUCCAAGAGGGGCCCCUCAACUUUGCGCCCACCUUCAAGUUUGAUGUGGGUACUAACAAAUAUGAUACCAGUGCCAAGAAGCGGAAGCCAGCCUGGACAGACCGUAUCUUGUGGAAGGUCAAGGCUCCACGUGGGGGUCGCAGCCCCUCAGGACAGGAGAGCCACCGGCUCCAGGUGACCCAGCACAGCUACCGCAGCCACAUGGAAUACACAGUCAGUGACCACAAGCCUGUGGCUGCCCAGUUCAUCCUGCAAUUUGCCUUCAGGGACGACGUGCCGCUGGUGCGGCUGGAGGUGGCAGACGAGUGGGUGCGGCCAGAGCAGGCUGUGGUGAGAUACCGCAUGGAAACAGUGUUCACCCGUAGCUCCUGGGACUGGAUCGGCUUGUACCGGGUGGGUUUCCGCCACUGCAAAGACUACGUGGCUUAUGUCUGGGCCAAACACGAGGAUGUGGACAGGAAUAUCUACCAGGUGACGUUCAGUGAGGAGUCGCUACCCAAAGGCCAUGGAGACUUCAUCCUGGGCUAUUACAGCCACACCCAUAGCAUCCUCAUUGGAGUCACUGAGCCUUUCCAGAUCUCGCUGCCUACCUCAGAGGUGGCCAGUAGCAGCACAGACAGCUCAGGUGCCAGCUCAGAGGACGAGGAUGACAGCACUCUGGAGCUGCUCGCACCCAAGUCCCGCAGUCCCAGCCCUGGCAAGUCCAAGCGUCACCGCAGCCGCAGCCCAGGCCUAGCCCGCUUUCCUGGCCUUGCCCUGCGGCCCUCCUCCCGAGAACGCCGAGGCACCAGCCGCAGCCCCUCACCCCAGAGCCACCGCCUACCCCAUGUCGCCCCUUACAGGGGCAGUGAUAGCGGCAGCUGGGGCAGUAGUGAGGAGGGGCCCUCUGGGCUGCCUGACCCCUGGGCCUUCCCACCAUCUGUGCCUCGAAGCCUGGGCUUGCUGCCUGCCUUGCGCCUGGAGACCGUAGACCCCGGAGGUGGCAGCUCCUGGGGACCUGAUCAGGAAGCCCCAACCCCUGACAGCCUGUCUCCCAGCCCUCAGGGCCAGCAGAAGCUGGAAGAAGGGGGCCUGGAGCCCUGAAAGCGGGUGGGUAGGUGGGCCCAGGUGGCUCUCACUCUGUCUUAAUCUUCUGCAAGCCCACCUGCCUUCCUCCUGCUGCUGCUCCAGCUUUAUCUGCACCUGCCACCCUGCCUUGGCCAGGGGUGGGCAAUUGGGGUCCCCCAAACUCCGUCCUAGCACCUCAACUGUGACAAUCAGCAAAGGUCUUUCCAGACCCCUAUCUGGGAUAGGGGGAGGGGCAAUCCUGGAGGUCAUCGAUUAGGAAUUAAAUUCUUCAGCCUCA